CGCCAUGUCGCUGGAAGCGCAGCUCCGGAUGCGCCAGAACGUGGACCAGAUGCACUCCGCCUUCCGCGACCUCUCUGCCUGGUCGUCCGACAUCGAAGCUCGUGACAACGCCCUGCGCGGCAUCGCUCCGCAAGCCAACGACGCAGCGUCUGCAGAGGCGGCAGAGGCGGCGGCUGCAGAGGCGGAGUCGCGCGAGAUCGAGGAGGCCAAGGCGGAGCUCGCACGGCUCGCUCUGGAGGACGAGCGGCGGAGCAAGGCGGGCGGCGACGCGGCUGCUCCUGCUUCCGCUGCUGCUGCGGCUGCGGUGACGGCUCCCGCGAAGGCGGCGGCGGGUACGCGGGUGGGAAGCGGUGCGACCAACUUUGACAAGUGGCAGUCGUACGACGCGGAGGGGGCGGUCGAGGCGCUCGAGCGGCGCGAGUCAGAGCGUGAGUCGCUUCGUCAGAGGGUGGUGUCUCUCGAAAACAAGAGGGCGAGGGAGGAGGCGAUGCGGAGGAGGGGCGAGAGCGAGGCGAGGGCAGACGCGAUGCGCGCCCGAGGCAACGCCGCCUUCGGCUCCGCUCGAUACGAGGACGCGGUGUCCGACUACACCGAGGCGCUUGAGGCGAACCCGCGCAGCGCGGCGCUGUACGCGAACCGGUCGCUCGCCCUGCUCAAGCUGCGCGCCUUCGACGAGGCGGAGGAGGACGCGACGGCAGCCCUCGACCUCGAGCCAAGCUGCGUCAAGGCGCGGCUGCGGCGGGCGGCGGCGCGCACCGAGCUGGGCAAGGUGGACGAGGCGAUCGAGGACCUCGAGGCGAGAUCGAGCCGAGAUACGGCCUCGAGAUAUAUACAGGCGGCGCUCGAGGUCGAGCCGCGCAACAAGGCGGCGAGGGAGGCGCUGGGCUCCUGCCGCGCUCGCAGGGCGAGCAGGGAGGCUGCGAGGAGGAGCAAGCGGCGGGUGGCCCUCUCGGUGGCAGAGGUGGAGCACGACCUCGACAACGACGGCCACCCGUUCGUCGCCGCCGCGUGCGCUCGCCCCCGCCACGACGGCAGCGCGGAGGCGGCGGGAGGCGCGGAGGCGGCGGGAGGCGCGGAGGCGCGGCACGCCGCUGGCGAAGAGGCGGCGGGCGGCGGCGAGGGCGGCGGCGACGCUGCCGCAGCCGCGGGCAUGCCUUCUCCAGCUGCUGCAGCGGCAGCGGCAGUGACCGCUGCACCGGCGGCGCAGGCAGCAGCGCAGGCAGAGGCGCCGUCGAAGCGUCCGGUCUGUCUGGCGAGCGCGCGCUCUCUCGGCCCUCCCGCGACGUCGGCAGACAUCGAGGUUGCCUGGAGAAGCCUGCGCCGCCACCCUCCCGAGUGGCAGCAGUACGUGAGGGGCCUGUCCCCCUCCACCGUCGGGUCGCUCCUCGGCCGCGGCAUGGCGCCCGAGAUUUUCUCCGCCAUGCUCGCCGCCCUCUCCGCCACGGCCGGCGCUGGCGCCGCUUCCGCGGAGCACGCGUACGGCGUCCUGCAGGCGAGUACGAGUGCGCUCUCCUCGGCGAGCCGCUUCUCCAUCCUCACGAUGUGCCUCGACAAGAGCGACGAGCGGGCGGUAGCGGCCGCUUUCGACGCGGUGGUGGCGCACGCCGAGGCCGGAGACGUCGGCGUCGGUCCGGCAGAGGUGCGGGCGCUGCGGUCCAAGUUCUGCUCGUCGUGA